CGGGAGACCAAGGUAAUCAGAAUAAGCAAACCAAUGGUACUUUCGAGUUUGUAGUUUUUGACUUCUUGGGUCGCGUCUCCAACUUUUCUGUGUCCGUUGUUUAAACAUGUCGUCACCGACCAAUUUUUCAGGCAAAGACUCUCACACGCGUGUAAGGAGUAAAACCAACCCAGGAUUCCUGCAAAGAUUAAGUGACACUGCAGGAGGAACGUUUGUCGGAGUCGGCCUGUUUUUCCUCUCCAUUUAUGUUCUCUUCACCAAUGAGGGCCGGGCUCUGCGGACGGCCUUGUCCCUGGAUGAAGGUCUCUCUCAGGUUGUGUCACUGGACACUUUUGCCAGCCUCAACCUGCAGAACAACAAUCGUUUAGUUCACCUGUCGGCACAGCUACGCACCUUACAGCCCCUGCACGACCCCAACUAUGGUGUAGCAGUGCAGGCAGUGAAGUUGAAGAGGGAGGUGGAGAUGUAUCAGUGGGUGGAGUACCGGGAGAGCAAGGACUACCAAGAAAAUGGUGAAACCAAAACUGAAACCACCUACUCCUACAACACGGAGUGGAAAUCGGAGCUGAUCAACAGUCGCAAUUUUGAUCAGGAAAUUGGGCACCAGAACCCAAGCGCCAUGGCAGUUGAGAGCGUAACAGUUGUGGCCCGCCAAGUCCAAGUGGGACCUUUCACUCUGUCUGAAGGACUGGUGGAACAAGUUAAUAACUUCCAGACGCUGAGUCUCAGGGAUUUUACGUCCUCUGACUCAGACCCUUUCUUCACCAUCAGUGACGAUUACUUCUAUCACACUCAGAACCCAAAGUGGCCAAAGGUCGGAGAUGUCCGUGUGAGGUUCUCCUUUGCCGGACUCAGCGGUGAGACGUCCGGCCUCGACCCGGCCCAAACCGUCAGCGUUGUGGCCAAGCAGAGAGGAGAGAAGCUGACGCCCUUCAGAACCAAGUCAGGCGAUGUCCUGGAGAUUUUGUACCUGGAGGAGAUCACAGCAGAGGAGGUGUUUGCCAGGGAGCAGCAGCACAACAACAUGAAGACGUGGGGACUCCGAGCUGCGGGAUGGGCCCUCAUGUUCCUCAGCAUUCAACUGACCAUGCGCAUCAUCUACACUCUGGUGGACUGGGUUCCGAUCGUCAGAGACCUCGUGUCCGUGGGGCUGAAGAUCUUCGCCCUGUGCGUCUCCUCCUCGCUCUCUCUCCUCGUCAUCGCAGUCAGUUGGUUGUUUUAUCGCCCGCUGGUGGCAGCAGCUUUGGGAGCUUUGGCUCUGCUUCCGCUGCUGUUAGCACGCUCGGGACUCGCAGCCAAGAAGCACCAGUGACUAAUAAGCUGCCAAAGUUUGGAUGUCAGGUUAUAAUGCUUAUAGGAGCAAAAUGUUCACAAUCUGGACAUUGUGCUAAUGUAUACACAUUUACAUUUAUACAGGAGAAGGCAAGUAAAUAAUUGUUCGAUAUAAAUGGUCGGCCCUCGUUUAUAGCGGUUAAUUGGUUCCAGACCCGACCGGGAUAAAUUCAUCUCCGCAAUAUGGCGCAUGACAUUAAAAAAAAAAAAAAAAGGCUCGGCAUCAGGCUAUCGUCAGUUGUCACUAUCACGUUUGUCACUUUAUUUAUGUAAUUAGAGAAUAGAAAACCUGUUUUGACUUCCUAAAUACGGUUUUUAACAUUAUUAAAGCCCCGUAGACAUGAAAUAACACAUCUAUAGCCACCUUUACUCCCCUAUUAUUGUUUACGCCACAUUGCACAACUCUUAUGCUGCGGAGACUCGCGAUGGCCGCUAACCAGCAAGCUAACUUGUUAGCCAUUAAUUUAUUUCUUCUAAACUUAACAAGCCAGAGCCUUCCACACGGAAUGUGACAACUUUUUUCUCAUUCUAUUAUGUAAGACAUGUCAUGGCUUACUGUGUUUUGUCGUGACUGCCCCCUGGUGACUGGAAUACUACAUAUCACUUAUAUUUCAAUAUGUUUUGACUAGUCAUUUCUGAAAAGCCAGAUGUAUCGAAGGAGCGAUAAUCGAACCCUGGUACUGUGAGGGAUGACUGUAUAUAUAAUUAUAAUACAUGUUGCUAACGUUUGGAGGAACAUUUAUUUUUAAUACUUAACCAUCUGAUUUUUUUCAUAAAUUUAAUUAAAUUAAUCCACACCACUUGAAGUAAAAAAAUAUCAGACCACUCCCCCCCAAAAAAAGAUGCCAAAGACUUUAGUAGCUGUAGUUUUGUUGAAGUAUUUCUUUUUAUGAACAAUGUCAAUGUGGAAUGUGUUGUAUUUUACUUGAACAUGAAUAAACGUCAACCUCAAAAAGCAAUGCAAAAGCCAUCUUACACCACCAGAAUGCAAACUUGUGCUGAAAAUCCUACUUAAAAUUUUUUAUUUUGUAUCCAAGCAGCACUACAAUUCAGUCUUUUCCAGCCAGUGAUGCAAAUUAGCAAGAUGAUUCUUACAAAGUAAUUUAUUACACAAAACACUAAAGUUUCCAUUUGCAAAAUUUGAGUUUGAGCCUGGUGUCGUGCAGCGCACCAGAACGCACACAAGGAUUUGUAAAUGAAGCACACUAACAAGCGUUGACGUCACGUGUGCAUUAGCUUGUUGAAGUCAAUGCAGGAUUGAACGGCUCACAGUGUUGUGGUUGGCUGCGGGAACAUUCGUCAGGUCAGCAGUUGGGGCUUCAGCACUUGACUUGCAGUUGGCAGCUUUCACACAACACGUUCCUUUGCUAACUUCUCCUGACACUCAACAUGCUCA